AUGGCGGGGCCGCCCCAGCCGAAGAGGAGGAUCGGCGGCGCCCCGUUCGCCGUGCUGCGGGCCUCGCACAGGCCGCCGUCGGCCCAGGCGCCCCGCAAGGCUGGGCCCCCGCCCUGCGCGAGAGGCCGGGUGGACUCCCGGCCGCCCGCGGCGGCCGCGGCCCGAGGCCUGCAGGCCAGCCAGGGCGGCGCGCCCAGCUCCGCGCGCCACCCGCGCGCGGACGUGGCGGAGCAGCGCAUCGCCGAGAGGCGGAGCGGAAGCCCCACGGCGGAGCUCUACGCCAAGCGGGCCGCGCGCUUCGCGGAGGAGGUGGCGUCCGGGAAGAUCGCGAACGAGUGGACGGUAGUGCAGGAGCUGGCGGCCGCGGAUCAGCAGCGCCGCGAGGACGACGAGCGGCGCAAGAGGGCCGCGGGGCGGCAGCAGCUCGCGGCGCAGCUGAGGGCGCAGGAGGAGGAGAUGCGGCAACAGCGUGAGACGCGCAAGGAGGAGUCGAAGGCUUGGGCAGAGACCGUCAAGAAGGACGUGGCAGCCUACCAGCGCGAGCAGGCGCAGACGAAGGCAAACUUAAUGGAACGCCACAAGCGCCUCGAUGAAGACAUGAGACGGAAUCUGGAAGAGCAGGAGAGGCAGAAGAAGGUCCAGAGGGAGUCCGAGGAAAGAACGGACAAGGAGAUUCUGGACAGGCAGCUCCAGGCGAGCCGGCGCGCGGACGAGAGGGAGCGCCGCGCCAAGCGCGAGGAAAGGGAGAGGAGCCAGUUCCUCUUCGAGGAGAGGCGGAGCGUUCCCGCAGGCAACAGCUGGAGCGCCGGCAGCAGGCGCUUCAAGAUGUUCGGCUAUCUUCGCGCACUGCCAAAGGUACACUGCUCUCAUGACAUGCUGCUUAACUGCAUACGAUCAGGCCUCAUAAAUCUUCAGAACUCGACCUUCAGACGCGUAGUCAACCCCCAGGUUGCGCUCAGCGACAGCGGCCUGCAUCCCAAGAUGCCGAAGGCUGCGAGCGAGACGAAGCCGAAGUUUCUGCGAAUUGCUUAA